AUGACAGAACAAUGUGCUGUGUGUACUCAACCAGGAUGGGAGAACUUGAAGGCCAAGAUCACCAUCAUGUUGGAGGGUUCUUGCACUGUUGGUAAAUACUGUCACAAGCUUUCUAUGUGUGCUUACGAUGCCUCAGCUUAUCCCGAUUCCACUGGUGGUAUUGAAUAUGCAUGGGAGUUGCUCAACGAGUUGAAGGCCCGUACGGUUUCUGAUGGUAUUCUCACGCAGGAGCAGUUCGAUUUCCUCUAUGAUAUCCAUGGUUCCCUAUAUAUCGUGAUAUGGCAUAGCUGCCCCAUCUUGGAGGAGUUAACUCCUCCAGGCAUACCGUGGGAUGGCAUAGCUGCCUCAUCCCAAAUGAGUUGCUCUCACUCAGAGCAGAUUACCCUGAAAAAUCUCUCAAUGCUGCAUCGCUUGGCUCACGCCAUCACGCUAUCCUGCAUUGCUUUGGGCGUCUCUGCUGCCACUGACUGCAGUGAGGGCGACGAGUACUGUGCAAGUCUUAUUCCUGGUUCGUAUUGCAAAUACUAUGAAACACCUAGUGUCUGUCAAGGCUCGAAUACUCAGUGCUCUUGUAGUGGUAGCACUACAGUUGCUGCUAGAACUAAGUUCUUACCUCCGACCACAACUAGUUCGAAAGCAACUACACAACCUACAACGACAACUCCGAUUACUGUGUCAACGACGAUAGCAACGGAACCGUCAACAACGACGAAGGAGGCACGAUCAACUACGUCGACGGUGAGCGUUUCCACUGGCACUGAUUGCAGUGAUGGUGACAAGUAUUGUGCAAGUCUUUCUUCUGGUUCCUAUUGCAAAUACUAUGAGACACCUAGUGUCUGCCAAGGUUCGGGAGUCCCGUGCUCUUGCAGUGGUGGCAAAACAGCAGCUACAACCACUACUGAGUUCGUAGCCCCGACUACAACCAGUCCGAGGACGACUACUCAGCCGACGGCACCGACGUCGUCCAUGGUGACGACAACGGCUACAUCAACAAUGAACACGACGGAGGACCUGUCGACGACCACGGAGAUUUUGGCAACAACAAGUGCAGCUCCAACCACGAGCAAUCAUGAUGAUGGUUCUGUCCGGUUCGGUACCUAUUCAUGGUCCCAGGAUUACUGGAGGUCAGGUGACCCCAGUCUUACUGACUUUGGUGCUUCUGAUAUGGGCAAGUUGUGGAACACUGGCGAUGUGUAUGUGAAUAUCGCUGAUUAUACCAACUAUGACCGUAUUCAUAACCCGGAGAGGCUCCUUCCGUGGAUGAAGGGAUGGAGGAAGCAAACUGGCAAUACUGAGAGGAUUUGGUUGACUUACGGUGACACAGAGAAGUCCAAUGGGAAAAGGAUGGCAGACUUCGUUGAUACCUUCGAAGAGUACUUGGAAAAUUAUAUUUCGGCAGAAGACAUGCGGGAAAUUGCUCCCAUCGGUUUGAGCUAUGACGUUGAGCACAUGCAGCCGGAGGAUAUUAAGACGACUUUGCUGAAGGCUCAGCAGAUGAAGAAGGAUGUUAGCAAGAGGAUGGGAUAUGCCUCUGGUUCUUUGUUCAUCGAUUUUGCCAUCGAGGGUCAGAAAAAUACUCUGGGUACUCAGUACAUCAUGCAGUAUGCCGACCAUGCUACGAUGAUGCUCUAUCGUAACGCUAUUGACGGUGACUAUGCAGAUGAUCUCGUUUAUCGUAUGAACUAUAUGAUGACAGAACAGUGUGCUGUGUGUACUCAACCAGGAUGGGAGAACUUGAAGGCCAAGAUCACCAUCAUGUUGGAAGGUUCUUGCACUGUUGGUAAAUACUGCCACAAGCUUUCUAUGUGUGCUUACGAUGCCGCAGCUUAUCCCAACUCCACUGGUGGUAUUGAAUAUGCAUGGGAGUUGCUCAACGAGUUGAAGGCCCGUACAGUUUCUGAUGGUAUUCUCACACAAGAGCAGUUCGAUUUCCUCUAUGAUAUCCAUGGUUCCCUGUAUGUUGUUCAUAACUGGGAAUGGGUUAAGUGCUACUAUGGUGACAGUUUCUCUCUUGAGAUGGGGUAUUCCGAUUGUCUGGACCAAUAUCACGAACUCGCUGGCAAGUGCCGAUUCGAGUGA